UCUGCUUCAUUUGCAGCAGAAGGUGAAGUCUGAGUUGCACGGUUAAAGAUGCUGUAAUAAAAUAAAAGUUAUUAAUACAGUAGGGAAUCAAAUUCAAUUAAAUUUCAGGGCAGGUUGGAUAUUUAAGUAAAGGUCUGAAUUGAAACACUAAAGGUGACAAAGGAAAAUAUGGAGGCUUUUUCUUUGGAGACAAUUGAGGAGGGGAAUAAGGCCAAAGCAACAAAAAAGGAUCGCCAAGCUUAUGGAAAGACUAAAGCACCGAUGGACACUGACCUCCUUGAGGACCAUGGUGAUUUUUCUUGCCCGAUCCGAAUCAAGCUGGAAUUUUCUAAUGAAGUACAAGGGAUAAAAACCGAGCCAGAUCAGCAAGAGAGGUUUGACAUCAAGAGGCUUUUCGAUGCUGUGUCCAGUGGUGACAUCAACAGGCUUCAGGGAUUGGAAGAGUAUUUGUGUAAAACAAACAAGAAGCUGACAAACAGUGAAUAUCGACCCAACGGGAAGACAGCUCUGAUGAAGGCUCUGCUAAACCUGAAAAAUGGAGAAAACAAAACAGUGGAGCACUUGCUGGGUAUCGCGGAGAGAAUGGGAUAUCUGGAUAAGUUAGUAAAUGCGGCAUAUACAGAUGACUACUAUGAAGGACAGACAGCGCUUCAUAUAGCCAUUGAGAGAAGAAACAAGCGUUUUGUUGAGCUGCUCAUUCAGAAGGGGGCUAAUGUCCAUGCAUUGGCUUGUGGGACAUUCUUUCAGCCACUUAGUGAAACAUGUUUCUACUUUGGGGAGCUUCCACUAUCUCUGGCAGCAUGUACUAAUCAGAAAGACAUAGUGGACUUGCUGAUUGGAAAAGCAGAGCUACAGCGUACAGAUACUCUGGGCAACACGGUUCUCCACGCUCUUGUUAUGGUGGCUGAUGACAGCCCUGAAAAUACAGACUUUGUCAUUUCCAUGUAUGACUACAUUCUUACCAAAGAUGCCGCUAAAAAUUCCCAAAAGCAAAGGCUGGAGAACAUUGAGAACAAUCAGGGACUGACUUCCAUCAAGCUGGCUGCAAAGCUAGGAAAAAUUAGGUUGAUUGAGCAUAUACUGCAUCGUGAGUUCCAGCAGGAAGAGUGCAGGUAUCUGUCCCGAAAGUUCACUGAGUGGGCAUAUGGCCCGGUGUAUGCUUCACUAUACGACCUGCACUCUCUCGACACCUACGAGCCAAACUCUGUUCUGGAGAUAAUUGUUUAUGGCACAGAAAUCCCUAAUCGUCUCGAAAUGCUCCAAAUUGAGCCACUUAAUAAACUCCUGGAAGACAAAUGGAACAGAUUUGCCCACCGGAUAUUCCUGUUCAAGUUUAUUGCUUAUCUCGUGUAUCUCACCAUCUUCACCAUCGUUUGCUAUUACCGCGAAGAAGGAAAACCCCCAUUUCCAAUCAGGAAAUAUAGAUUGGAAAAUGUUGAGAAAACAAUUCCUGAUGGCUACUUACUGUUUGCUGGACAGGUCAUCAUGGCUAUCGGAUCACUCUAUUUCUUCGUUCAUGUGCUGAUGAAUAUAAAGAGAAAGAGGCCAAGUGUAAAAACCCUGCUGGUAGAUGGCUAUUCAGAGCUGCUUUUUUUAUUACAGGCUGUGUUCUUUCUGCUCUGUGUGGGGCUGUAUUUUGCUGGGAAGCAGGAGUAUCUUGCCUUCCUGGUACUCAGUGUGGCUCUGUGCUGGGUUAAUCUGCUCUACUUCUCUAGAGGAACACGGCACAUGGGCAUCUACAGCGUUAUGAUUCAGAGGAUGAUCCUUAGUGACAUCCUUCGCUUCCUUUUCGUCUACGUGGUCUUCCUCUUUGGAUUUUCAGCAGCUGUGGUGACUCUACUCAAAGGUAACAUUGAAGAAUCUGAGGAGUCAAAACUGAAUAACAGCACGGUUAAGGACAAGAGUGGACGCUCUUUCUUUACAGAAGAUCCGAAAGAGGGAAAAGACUGCAAAAAGCCCACCUAUAAAACCAUCGCCUUCACCACUCUGGAACUGUUUAAGUUCACUAUAGGCAUGGGUGACCUGGAGUUCACCGAGCAGUAUGAGUAUAAACAUGUGUUCUUUGUGCUGCUCAUAAGCUACAUUGUGCUCACUUAUAUUCUGCUGUUGAACAUGCUGAUUGCUCUGAUGAGCAAAACUGUGGAGAAGAUGUCAAAGGAAAGCACCAGUAUCUGGAAACUACAGCGUGCCAUCACCAUUUUGGAUCUGGAGAGAUAUGUGUGCUGUCUGAAGACGAAGUUGCGUUCAGGAGUAAGGAGGAACCUGGGCAAAAAAGAGGAGGACUGGCGCUGGUGUAUCAGAGUGGAAGAAGUCAAUUGGAAAAAAUGGAACCGCAACCUGGGCAUCAUCAGUGAAGAUCCUGGGGAAUGCAACAAUCCAAUCCAACAUGUACAUCAAAGAGAGUCCACUCGGCACAGGUUCCUACGCGACAUCAGUCGACGGAGACCCAACACACGUAUAAUCCAGGAGACAAUACCUCUGGCAUCCAGCCCAGAGUAACACAUCUGGGAAAAUAUAUGCAAGGACUGCAUCCAAGUGUGCUUGUUUGGAAUAAAUGUAAAUUGUUAAUGGAGGCUUUAGUUUCCUGAGAGCACUCAAAGUCAUUUGCACAUGGCAUAAUCUCAUGCAAACAGUACUAAAUAAAUACACUAUAUAGACAAGUAUGUGAACACCUGACUCUAAGAUUCAUGUGCUUUUUAAACAUUUAUUCCCUAUCUGCUGUUAUAAUAACCUCCAAUCUUUAGAGAUGAUGUUCCACUAAACUUUGGAAUGUGUUUGUGGAGAUUUGUGGUCAUUCAGCCACAAGGGUGUUUGUAAAGUCAAUGGUGAAGAGCUUUGGGGUGCAGUCAGCAUUCUAAUAUAAUCUUGAGUCAGUGCUCUAUAGCAGACCAAUCCAAAUCCAUAUCUCAUAAUAAAACCAUAUCUUCAUGGAACUGGCUUUGUGCACAAGGGCAUUGUCAUGCUGGAACAGAUUUAGAACUUCUAGUUCGAAAGAAAGGGUAACGUUAACGCUAACAACGCUUGCACAUCCAAAGACAUCCUAUACAAUUUUUUGCCUCUAGGUUUGUGUUAACAUCCACAUAUUGCCGGAAAAGUCAGGUGUCCAAUUCCUUUGGUCCAAUCAGUGUAACAUUACUGAUUAUAUUUUCUAUACUCAAUCACUAAUAAAAGUAGCCUGUAGAGGUCAGCAACUAGCAGCUCACAGACCAAAUCCAAUCUUUACAACCAACCAGUGAAACAGGAGUCUUUCUCUUUUAUAAGCAAUGCAAUUUAUUGGAGUUAAAUCAACAUGUCAUCAACAAUCAUAAAUCAACAGACUGUUACACUGACUUUUAGUUGUUUUUUUGCUUUAAAACAGAAGCAGCACAUAUGCACUCUAAUCAAACAACUUUAGUUGGAAUGAGGCAGUCAAAAAAGGAAAAAGUGCUCAUUAAAGUAUUAGAAUUGCAUGAAAUAUAACAGCCUGCCAGGUUACAGUAUGAUUACAUUUAUAAUUCGGUUGAAAUUGUUCCUUGUGGUUACCUAGUGAAAGGGAGUUGUGUAUGCUUGGUGAUGCUUCAAAUUUGCAUUGAUGAGGGUAAGCCACAUCUUUGGUCAAUUUAAAGGUCAGUUAACAUAAAUAUGUCAAAUAUUGUCUUAAAUGGUAAUAUGGCCUUGGAUAUUGAAGAACUCAUUGCUUGGUUGGUUAUGCUGCCCUCAUGUGGUAUGGUGGAACAGCAUUGCUCAAUACACUGUAAAAGCCAGGAUUUAAGACAAUAUAAUAGGUGCUUUUAAAGUUAUUUGUCUUUCUGGGUUGCUGUGAUAUGACACAUUUGGUAAUCAGUUUCCUGGCUGCCAUUGCAACCACCGUGCUAUCUUGCAGAUGUGGCUAGACAUUUCACAUGGUUUGUGUGACCUCCUUUCAUUUUUUUUUUUUAGAAGCAAACAUUUACAAGAAACCUACAUCUACCUACAUGAUCUAAACUGGAAAUUAUGUGUAGGAAGACAAUCUUUAAGUGUGAAUUUGACUCGUAUAAUAAUGCCAUAAUGUUUCACUAAAAUAAAAAAUACAUAUAUA